AUUCCUUCUAUGCAGUCUAGCUCUUUCUCUACACCUCUUCAAACAGUACGUGUAGUGAAUAAAUACUUUGAAGCUAGUGUAGAUAUACACUCUUACGGUGGGGCACGUACUGCAGUAUUGCGGGAGUCUGAUUUAAACAUUGAGCAACUCCAAUCCUUUGGAAUUGUUAUUCUCAUUACAACAGCAGCAGCAGCAGUAGAAAAAACUGUAGAAAAAGAAGAAAAAACAAGAACAAUUCAAGAACGACUUCUUGAGGCACUUGAAAAGUGUUGUGCUGCAGACAACAUAGCCCAUGAGGUAUCUUCUUCAUUAUCUCUCAUUGCGUAUGAUGAACAUCAGGGAAAAGAUAUUACCCGUGAACUCUCUGCGGCGGCAGAAAAAGCCCCUGUGUAUAUGUGGUAUAUUGUAGACGGCAAUGCAUCUAGGGAUGAUCUCACAACACAAGUGGAUACAUUACUACUACGAGCAGCAACCUCUACAAGUGAUGAGACUGAUAUAGAGAAGAAAAAGACGAAACAAGAUAGUCUGGAGGUAUUACAAGAUAAAGAGGAUAAUGAUAAUGAUAAUAAUAAUAAUGAUAAAAGUAACACCAGUACUAGUAGUAGUAAUAAUAGCAGUAUGGAUGAUACUUUUUUUACGGCACCUUUUGAGGUUCUCUACGGUGUAGAUGAGGAGGAGGAUGCUGUUCAACACUUACGAGAGUCUAUAGAGCAGCAUGUAUGGCCAUACCGAAGUAUGUUAAAAGAAACUCCCACAGAGACAACAUCUCCUCUACUAAAGAAGAAGGAAGAAAAUAAGGAAGAAAAAGAAAAAGAAGUUGUAGUUGUAGAGGAGGAGAAGGAGGAUCUUGUGUAUAUUGGAUGUGAUCUUCCACCAUAUUAUCUUGUAGAUCCACUUACAUGUAAGUCUGAAUAUGUUGCAGCACUUGCAAUCAAAAUAGAAACAAAACCUGAGAUGGUUAAUAAUAAUAAUAAUAAUAAUAAUAAUAAUAAUAAUAAUAAUAAUAAUAAUAAUCAGCUAAACGAGAAGGAACAACAACAAAAACAACAACAUGAGGAUCUUAUGGUAUGGAUGGAUAAGAUGAAACACUACGGUCAUAAACUUCAUCGCUCAGUGAGACAACGUCAGGCAGAAAUACUCGCCAAUAAAUUAGGGGAAUGUCUUGGGGCAUUGGAUGGAUUGUAA